UAAAGGACAGUGAAGCAACAGAUCAGUGUUACUCAUAUAGACCAAGUUUCUCUCACUGGAUAGCAACAUGGCCACAAAACUGCCAUCUCAGGAAGAGUGUGAGAACUGGACAGCUUUUCAAGUUGCAGAUCUCCUGAGACAGUUUGGAAUGCCUGAAUCUGCUGUGCUUGUAGAAAAACUGAGCAUGAAUGGAUCUCAUUUUUUGAAUUUAUCGGAUUAUGAGCUGAGUCGAUUCAAAAUAAUGCAUCAGCCGAAGCUUCAAAAGAUGGUACACGACAUCAAAAAUGAAAGCGGGAUAAUAAACAAGUUCAAAAAGUUCCAAAAUGAACAAGUGGCCUUAAUUUGCAAAACUGGGAAAGAUACUUGGGAUCGGUAUAAAAAAAACCCUCCACCAAGUCUACCACGAAGGGAUUAUGCUUCAGAACACGCAGACAAUGAAGAGGAACAAUGGUCAGAUGACUUUGACAGUGAUUAUGAAAAUCCAGAUGACCACUCUGACUCCGAGAUGUACGUGGUCCCCAGUGAAGAGAAUCCUGAUGACAGCUAUGAGCCACCUCCAAGUGAGCAGGAGAAAAAGAAAAUUCCCUCUGCAUUCCCUAUUUCUAGGGGUGAAUACGCAGACAAUCGCACCAGUCACCAGCAGCUUCCUCCAAUGAACAAACCUCUCCCAAGCACACCCAGUCCAGCCUUGUCCAGACCAAACAAACCAUCCAAGCCAUCCCUGCUGCUGCCAUCUCCUGCUGCAAAACCAAAAUUACCACCGAAGCCCAAGGAGUGUAGUGACGAUGAGGAUAAUUACAUUGUGCCUGUGGACAAUGACGACGAUAACUAUAUUGAACCCACAGAAAGCAGUGUGUCACUACCUGCAAAACCUCCUGUGAACAGAUUUAUGAAACCAACCACAAAACCAGUCCUCCCUGCUUCUGCAAAGCCUUCUAUUACUUCUGACAUGCAAGAAGUCUACGAGGUUCCUGAAGAGGAGGAAAAACCUUCACCAUCACCAGCAACCAGGUUCACUAAGCCACUUCCUUCUACACCUGCUCAGAAUAUAGAGCACUCCCAUGUGCACAGCAUUACCAGAGAGUCACCUAAGUUGGAUACUCCCAGAAAUGUUUUGCCUCUUCCCAGAAAUCGUCUUCAUCUAAAAACAGACCAUGAAGCAAACAAUAACGAUGACAAUCAUAGCUUCAGUAACACACAAGAAUCCAGAUUUCCCACUGGAGCAGCUCCAUCUCCAUUACCAAGGGUCCUAAAGAAAACUUCUAAUGCAGUAAAUCCAGCAAAACCUUGCUUACCUUCCAGAGACACCUCAACUCUAAAUGAAGAAAAACCUACAGCAGCGGAACGACGACGAGGUUCCAGCCAUGAUAUUCCCCUUCCACCCCUUCCAAGUGGUGCCCAAAAAUCUUUGCUCCAAAAGGCCUCAAUUCUGCCAAAAGUGGCAGAAGCUGCAAACCGUUCUCUGGGUACUUCCCCUCAUGGCAGCAUUUCAUCCAUUUCAAGUACUGCAGACCAGGAUGCUGGUGUUCAUAGUAAAGCGUGGUUUGCUGCUACCUGUGAUCGGAAAACGGCAGAAGAUGCACUGUACAGAUCAAACAAGGAUGGAUCUUUUCUAGUAAGGAAGAGUUCUGGACAGGAUUCGAGGCAACCAUACACACUGGUUGUGUUUUAUAACAGAAGAGUAUACAACAUUCCUAUACGAUUUAUUGAAGCAACAAGACAAUAUGCACUGGGCAGAGAAAAAAAUGGUGAAGAGCGCUUUGACAGUGUUGCUGAAAUAGUAGAGAAUCAUCAGCAUGCCUCCCUGGUUCUAAUUGACAGCCAAAACAACACAAAAGACUCGACAAAACUGAAAUACAUUGUAAGAGUUUCUUAAUCAACUGAACUGCUAAGAUGAAGACUGGUUUUAAUCAUUUGUUUCAACAUCCCAAAAUAUGUGCACAUCCAAAAUGAUGGCAAAUAUUCUUUAAGAACAUCUAUGGAGUAUUAAGAGAUGCAGUUCAUCAAGUUCAACCCCGUGUCACUUUAUCAGAAAAGCGUAUUGAACAAGAAGCCAAAGCAGAUACACCAUCAUCUGUGAUUUCCAUCUGUGAUAACAUGGAUAUUGAAAGUGGGGUGAACAGCUGCAUACCAUGGCCUUGUCCUCUGCCUGCUAUUUAAAGAGAUAUUUUGUGUAGGACAUUCUCAUUUUAAAAGUGAGAAUACCCACAGUGAUCUACUCAUUCCAUUUGUUAGGUUUACCACAGAUCACUGCUUUCAGUAAUUUCUUCGUGCAGUGCACAGCCCCAAAAGUUAGUGCAACUCAACCUGACGUACUGCUGUGUACAAGCUGAAAAUAGGACUGUACUUCACAUGAAUAAACUUCACAGCAAUAAAGCUGUCACUGUUUUUAGACUAAUGGACAUGUUGUCCUUUUCCUCAGCUUUACUCUGUCUCAUUAAUAUGUAUUUUCAAAUAUGCAAAUAAAAUUAAAAAUACCCUGAAAUCAAUUGUGUACAGAGGCAUUACCACAUGACUUUUUUUUUUAAACAUCCUUCUAGCAACCAAGCAUCAGUUCAGUGUUGUGGAUGUCUUCAAUGUA